AUGACGCUCCUUCAAUUCCUCCGCCACGCCCGUCAGGUACACCUCCAGUUCCUAGCGGGGUCCUUGUCCGAGCCACCCAUCUACGUGCUCGGCAAUCCAUCCGCCGACCUGGACUCGAUCAUCUCCGCCAUUGUCUACUCGUACUGCGCCAACAACCGCCUCCCCACCACCGCCCCGCGACCGCAUAUCCCCCUCCUCCAUCUCUCCAGCGUACACGCAGGCCCCGAGCUCUAUCGUCUAAGACCAGAAUUCGUAACGGCGCUAUGGCUAUCCACCAGCUUCCCCUCCCUACGGCCCGAGGAGCGCUUCGAGAACACCUCCGAGUCUGCGGGGAAACUGCUCGGCGAGCAUCUGGUCACGGUUGCGGACUUUGCGCGGAGCCUAAAGGAGCUAUCAAUAACGAAGAAACUGCAGGCAGAUGCGGUCAUGGUCGAUUGGAAUGCUAUGCAGGAACGUGUUGAGGGGAAAACAGGCUAUGGCUCGGUGACCGGGUUGGAGGAGGUCACUUUCCGCACGGUGGGGUGUAUCGACCACCACGUCGAUGAGCACUUUGUACCUCGAGCGGAUGACCUCCCAACCGAUCAGCCAUUGGUCAUUCAGCCUGGUCCCGGAUCAUGCUCGUCCCUGAUCACCAGCGAACUCCAGAAACGCAGGUUAUGGACUGCCAAUCAGGACGCGUCGUCCGCAGCGGAGAUCGCGCAGGUCGCGAAGCUCACGCUGGCCCCGAUUCUGAUCGAUACAUCUAACCUUACGGCGGAAGGGAAAGUCAAGGAUGUGGAUAUCCAAUCUGUCGAGUUCCUGCAACAACUGGUCUCCGAGGCUGGCAGUAGUGCGGAUGUCGAAUGGGAUAUGGUGGCCUUUUUCGAGCAGAUUUACGACGCGAAGAAAAAUAGUCUGGAUCUGUUGACGCCGGAAGAGAUUCUGGAUCGUGAUUUCAAGGAUUGGACGGAGACGACUCAAUCUUCCGGGCAGAGUGUCAAGCUCGGGUUUUGUUCAUCGGUCAAGCCCAUCCGGUGGAUUAUCCAGAAAGCAGGCGGGUCUCAACGGUUCCUGGAUGUCGUUCGCCAAUUUGCGCAAAGACAAGAUAAAGAGUUGGAUGUGGUUAUUGUCAUGACUUCUUUCACCUCGGCUGACGAUCAACAUACUCGAGAGCUGUUCAUUUGUGCGCCACAGGAAAGUGGCCUUACAGUGGAAGGCAUCAAGAAGUUCAUCAACGAGUCGAGUUCACUUGGCCUCAUCGAGUGGAUGCCUUUGGAUGGAGAGAGCGUGGAUCUAGUUGAAACCGAUAUUCGAGGUACACUGAAUGGGAUCUCUGAGGCCUGGAGGCACUUGUGGGUGCAGACAAAUGCCACUGCAAGCAGGAAACAAGUGGCACCGAUGCUGCGCGAUGCAGUCGCUAAGCUAUAG